UCCCACAUCUCACUCCCUCCAUCGGGCUCCUCCCUCAGUGCAGCCUGUGUGUGUGUGUGUCCACUCUGCCUCUGUCUCACUUCUCGUCAUCACACAAGUGUCUCGUCUCUCGUUAUCACUCGACGGCCACAGAGAGGAACCCGCAGACUUUCGCCUCACUUCAGACAUGCCUUUCGGAGGAGGAAGCAAGUGCGGCUGCUGCCAGAAAACCGUCUACUUCGCUGAGGAAGUGCAGUGCGAGGGCAAGAGCUGGCACAAAUCCUGCUUCCUGUGCAUGGUCUGUAAGAAGAACUUGGACAGCACCACAGUGGCUGUCCAUGUGGACGAGAUCUACUGCAAGUCGUGCUACGGCAAGAAAUAUGGGCCAAAAGGCUACGGCUUCGGAGGUGGAGCCGGCACGCUGAGCAUGGACACGGGAGAGGGACUUGGAAUCAAACCUGAAGUACAAACGGCUUUCCGCCCGACCAACAACCCCAACACCUCCAAGUUCGCCCAGAAAGCAGGCGGCUCAGACGUGUGUCCCCGAUGUGGCAAGACAGUGUACGCAGCGGAGAAGGUUAUCGGAGGAGGCAACUCCUGGCAUAAAGGAUGCUUUCGCUGUGCCAAGUGUGGCAAAGGGCUGGAGUCCACGACCGUGGCUGAUCGGGACGGGGAGGUCUACUGUAAAGGCUGCUACGCGAAGAACUUUGGUCCCAAGGGCUUCGGCUUCGGUCAGGGUGCAGGAGCUCUGGCUCACUCCCAGUGAAGCCUGAAGCCUCGUCUCCCACCACCGACCUGUGGCGUGUUUCCAAACCAUCGCUUCCAGGAUCCUUUCGGUCCUGUCUGUCUUUAUUUCACUCUGCACUUUCACCCCAGCUACAGAAAGAACGACAGAGGCACAAAAGCCAAUACGAAGCUGUUUGUUCACCAGCUCUUUACUGUGUGUUGCUAUAGAGCAGAGUCUAAUUUAGUAGGUUAAAAUAGAAACAAUUCUGAAUUCUAACUCUGUUUGGGUGUGCAUAUUCUGUAUAUUUACACUGAGUCUUUAAUAUGAUAUAACCCUGCUCCAUCUUAGAAUAGAAAAUGGUUGAAAAGA